CUGCCUCCUCCUCCUCCUCCUCCGGCUGCGAGGGGCGCUGCUGCGGGUGGGCUCCCGCUCCGCCUCCGGGCCACAGGCAGCAGCAGCAGCAGCCCCACUGACCCAGCCACCCACUGCAUCCGCCAGAGCCAUGGGGCAGAGCGACCUCAUGGGCUCCGCCGAGGACUUCGCCGACCAGUUCUUGAGGGUGACCAAACAGUACCUGCCACACGUGGCCCGGCUCUGCCUGAUCAGCACCUUUCUGGAGGAUGGCAUCCGUAUGUGGUUCCAGUGGGCUGAGCAGAGAGACUACAUCGACGCCACCUGGGGCUGCGGCUACAUCCUGGCAUCCAUUUUCGUCUUCAUUAACCUCUUUGGCCAGUUAAGUGGCUGUAUCCUCGUGUUGAGCAGGAACUUUGUCCAGUAUGCCUGCUUUGGACUAUUUGGAAUUAUAGCCUUACAGACCAUUGCGUACAGCAUUUUAUGGGAUCUAAAGUUUUUGAUGAGAAAUCUUGCUCUGGGGGGCGGUUUGCUGCUGCUGUUGGCUGAGUCACGUUCAGAGGGGAAAAGUAUGUUUGCUGGAGUGCCCACCAUGCGGGAGAGCUCCCCAAAGCAGUACAUGCAGCUGGGCGGACGCGUGUUACUAGUCCUCAUGUUUAUGACGCUGCUACAUUUUGAUGUCAGUUUCUUUUCGAUCCUCCAGAACCUUGUGGGCACAGCCUUGAUCAUCCUGGUGGCAGUGGGCUUCAAGACCAAACUGGCUGCCUUAACCUUGGUCCUCUGGCUGCUGGCCAUCAAUGUCUACUUCAAUGCCUUCUGGACCAUCCCCACAUACAAGCCGAUGCAUGACUUCCUCAAGUACGACUUCUUCCAGACCAUGUCUGUCAUUGGCGGCCUCCUGCUGGUAGUGGCCCUCGGUCCCGGUGGCGUCUCCAUGGACGAGAAGAAGAAGGAAUGGUAGAGCCACAGGCAGGGAAGAUGCAGCUUAUCCCAGAGUCUGGGGACUGACUCCCAACAGGGGAGAUUCAUUGGGGGGAAUUUAAACAAAAUCAUAAUAAACUGCCAGCAUUUUAUGUACGUGCCUGUGUUCCCUUUUUAAGGCACGCUCCCUUUUUUUUUUAGAAUUCAGUUUUGGGUUUUUUUGAACUUUACAGUCACACUGAUGAUUUGAUACAUCAUUCUACAUCAUGGAACAUGUGCCCAGAGUUGCCGUUACAUCCUCCUUUGUAAUCCCUAAAAUCGGAAAGAACUGGUUCCAGAGCCUCCACCCUUUAAUUUCUUUGAGAACGUCUUUAAAAAGCUUGACUACUGUGAUCAGGUACCCUAUUGUGCUUUUUGUGUGAUGGGUGUGCCAUCUUUAUUUUUGGUCAUGUUCACUUUCAUCUUGUAAUUAAAUGAAAUCACCUUGCAGACUGCUCAUGCAAGUGAGAGCAAGUGAACAGUCACAAGGUCUGGUGCCACCUCUA